AUGAGUAAUAUUUCGCAGAAUUUUAUCCUUGACUUGCUGUCCAUGCGAGAAACCGCGAUCAUAGGGCAACCCGUGCACCACGACAUGCUGAUAAUGGUCGCCGCUUUCUUCGCUUGGCAUAUUGGCGUUAAAGAUUAGGGCUUGGCAUAGGCAGAUAUGAGAAAUGGGAGAGCUUCCACGUCGGUUUUCUGUUCUUAUCUUGACCUGGGAUUGUAUGUUUUUUCAGCCAGUGGAUGUUGUACGCACAGCGAAUAUAAGUGCUUUAUAAAAAUGGUUUGUAAAUUGUUUGAUGAUAGAGCACCAUCGGCAGGCUCCCGACGGCUUAAAAGACAAUCGGGAGCUUGCCGAGCCAUCGGGAAGAGCCGAGCCUCUUUAUCAUGUUCUAUCUGCAAAACCCCUGCUAUUCAGCCCACAGUCAGUAGCCACCACAGAAGAAGAAUGAUUUGCCUCCCAGGAAGGGCCGCGCCGAUCCCGCCAUUCUCCACAUGGGAUAACUAGGUUCAUUCUGAGAUGUGAGGAUUAUGUGGAAACGCUGCGGGGAAUGCCUUGGCCCUUGUCUGGGGCAUGAAACAAUCCUGGGAGACUGAUCAAAAGCUUGUCGGAGUUUC